AUGUCACUUAGCUUCUCCAUUGCAUACAAUCAGACAACCAAGAAAGUCACUUGUCUAAGAUCAAGCACGGUCAACCAGUUGGCGUCGCUUGCAGCUGCCAAAUUCGGCCUUCCAGCGUCCGCAAGUGGCACUUUAUUCCACAAUGGCAAAAAGCUCGAUGGACUUUUGCCACUCAGAUUAACUAAUUUGGUGAAUAACGCUAAAUUGGCUCUUGAGGUGUCGCUGGCACUGCGUCCAGUGACGUUGAAGGUGGUGGGAUCGAUUUUGGGCGAACUGAAGCAGAAGAUUAUUAAAACAAACACUGAUAGCACUGUGCAGCAGCUACUAGACACAUUUGCAUCUGAAACUGGGGUUCAGUAUGGGGAGAAUCGGAUCCAGGUGAGUCUUCUUGAUGCUAAGAUUGAUAAUGGUUCUACUGACUUUGCCACUACGCUUUUAGGGUCUAUCCUAGGCUCGGCUGAUAACGCUGUGGUUAGACUUACUGUGGAGAGCCAGGAUGCACAGAGCAAGCGGGAGAAGCUUCAGGCCGAGCAGCAGAAGUUGAGGCAGCAGCUUGAGGAGCAUAAGCGUCAGGCGAGAUUGCUAGAGAAGAAAUUGAAGGAGGAGUCCGGAGAGACUGAGAAGAAGGAAGAGAAGGAGGAUGAACAAUUGCAGGGGGAGGGAAAUGAAGAGGUUGGGAUUGAGGAGAAGGAGGAGCAACAGCAAGCUCAGGUUGAUGAAAGUCCCGAUCUGUACGUCAACGUUGACUCUAAUGAUAUGGAAGUGGAUCAGCCUGAACCUUCUGAGUCACAAGUCUCUUCGUCUACCAGUGAGUCAGCCAGUGUUUCAAAAGCACCCAUUGAGCCUCCUUCUGAACCUAUCCCCGAGGAAUCUUUCCAGGUUAAACAUUUCAAAGAAGACACUGUUUACAUUCCCCAGAACCGUUCACAGCAUUAUGAAAACCCAGACAGCGACUACAACUUGACGGUGGCUCAGGCAGAGAAGUACUAUGGCAUCAUCAAAUCCAUGCAACAAAACAAGAAGCAGCAACCUAAGGAAGCCGUUCCUCCAAAGUCCUACACCAUCAGAAUCCGGUUCCCUGAUAGAGCGCUAUUAGAUCUCCAGAUCGAUGAUUCCUCUACGAAACUCGGCCAAUUGCUCAAAAAGCUCGAUGGUUACGUUCACGAAAGACAUAUCAACACUUACAGACUCAAAAACGGUGUUCCUCCAUUCGAGGAAAUUGCAAUUGGCUUUGAUGCCAACAAUAAAGAACUCAAACAGCAUAAGAACUUCCAGGACGAACGUAUCAUGUUGAUCUGGGAACCUACGGAUAAAGCCGCUAAGGCUCCGUACUUGAAGCUGGAUAUCAACACCAGAAGCCUUGACGAUAUGCCUACGAUUCAAUUGGAGACCAACAGAGGUCAAUUGAGUGACGAAACUGAGGAGAAGAGAAGACAAAGCACGCUGGACCAGUCACACAGCGGCAGCGGCAACCCUGAAAAGAAAAAGAAGAAUGGAUUGCCUAAAUGGUUCAAGCUGGGGAAAUAA